CGAGGACCGCGCACCGCGGCAUCUCCGCCGCCCGGGCCCCAGGGAGAUGCAGGGGAGACGGAUGACUUGAACGCGCAGGCCGACGAUGCGGGGCACGUGGGCGGCGCCGAGAGCCUCCGGGUCGUGGCCACGGGCGUGUCGAAUUUCCCCUGGAGGCUGCGGGUGCGGGAGAGAGUGGACACGGCAAGCGGCCAUGCGGACAUCAAGGCGAAGGUGAGCUGUGGGAGGCAGCACUUGCCUCUGCAGGCGCUGGGGUACGACGGAGACAGUGGCACGGUGGACUCCGACCAGGGAACGGACCUGGUCCAGGACGUGCUGAGGCUGCUGCGCUCCGAGACCCCCGCGCGCGUGCGGGAGCCACCUGUCGUGGGUGCACGGCAGGCGGCCAACCAUGCGUUGGCGGCGUGCCAGGAUCUGGAGUGGCGCAUCCUGCCCUGGGCCGCCAAGCUCGAGAGGUCCACGAGUUCGUGGAGGAGGACAUCAGCGGACAUCGCAGACAGCACCGCAAGAGCGAGAAGUCCAGCCGGCGAAGGAGAUGCCGGCCCAGCCGCGGGAACCCGAGCUGCGACCGCGCUUGCCGCCGCUGGGCAAUGGCAGCGCGCAAGGCGGCCAGGCCGGGCCACCGCACCUGGCGCCCCUGGGCUUCUGGCUGUUCCUGAGCUUCGGCUGCGGUGGUGUGGCCGUGGGCGUGCUCGGAAAGGACCGGUGCGGCGACGACGUCGAAGAAUUCGUGAGGCGGUGGAGCUUAGCGUGAUCGCGGGCAUCCCCUUUGAGGUGCUCAGCUUUGCCAUCACAUUUCUGCCAUCAGCUUUGUGCUCCAAUCGUUUGUCCACCUUAUCUGAAGUUCCAUGUAUUUCGCUUCCUUCCAUCGUCAACAUGCCUCUGCCAACGGGUAUAUCGUUUUUAGCUGCAGGGCGGAAGUCAUACCAGGAUGAAGAGCUCAUGGAAAAGGCCAGCAGAUCAAGGAUGGUGUAAUGAAGUUUCGGCCGAAUUCGCAGGCUCCCAACCUCAUCGAGUUUAACGGUCUUGACAGCCUGGCGCUCGCGGAGAAGGACAUACUCGAAAGGUUUGACCGUCAACUUCGCAAGCUGAUUGCAUCCCCAGGAUGCUUGGCAUGAUGCAAGUUUGUAGCCCGAUUUCAUCACAGAGGUAGUUGCCAGCUGGUGCCGAAGGCAACGAGGUGAGACUGCUCUGUGCCGCUGGUCCUGUCGAAUGUGCUGCCCGAGAAGGCGUGUGUUUCUGUGUUUAGCGCUCUUCGCUGUACAGCGGUGUGUUUUUCAGUCGGCUUUGCUUCCUGAUUUGGUUCUGCGCUCUUACAGUCGGCGCAUUGUCGAAUGUGUAACCCAGCCAGGGAAGCAGCGUUUCACACCACACUCGCUGAGGAAAGUGGUGAGAGCUCGACGCAUGGGUCGGCUGAAUCUCUGUAGUUUCAGUGGGCGUGGCAUCGCGCGCAGUCA